UAGCAAUUCUCCGAGCGGCGCCUAUUCGACUGGACCUGUCUAUCAGCAUCAAUCUCCGAUUGCGCUUAUCACGGGAGCCGCAAUUCACUGGACAGUCCCACGCACGGCCACUCACCGGCUUUCGAAACACAUCAAUUGGCCAGCGUCGGUCGCUAGGUUUCAAAAGCUCAUCUUCUGGGCGGUGUCAUUGCACGGCGUCAUCGGUCAGCUCGGGCCGGGCUGCUCUGUGUCUGUUGACAAGAUACAGCGCAACGGUCCGGGUUGGCAGUUAUUCAGGUCUAAUAUUGAGUCAAGCUCACAGAAACAGCAGCUAGACGCACCAGACGAUGGCAUCCCUGGACUUCGAUCAGAAGUUUCUUGGGCGAAUAGCCAAGCAGACGGAAGACUCCAACCCCUACCUAUCAGGCGCCCUCUACCAAAUCCUUGGUCUCUCGAUCCUCCUCUCACGAAAGCUCAUCCGCGCCAGAAAGCUUCGCAAACUCGAUACAAGCAGAGACACACCUUCACUCUCAGCAUACCAACAUAUUCUAUGGAUGUCCAGAGAGGGCUUGUCCAUCCUGGAGCUGUACGUGCUACCAUACGCGCAAGACAACCAACAUGGGCCAGAAUGCAGGGUACUCAGCGUAAAAUUGCGAGCAAGUUUCUACCACAUCUUUUGUCUUUUUCACAACCAGCCACCUGUUACUAUAACGAAUAUGGAAUCGGCCGAGUCUAGGGCAGGUGACGCCUCACUGUCUCCUCGACAUGCUAAUGGUCGUAAGCCUGAGCAUGGGUUAUCACCGCCUCCAAAGCGUAACGGCAAGCAAGCAGCGCUUCGUGAGCCCAUCGACUCGAUUGUCUCAGAAACAUCGUUUGUCACGAAUCCCUACGCAGCAGGUGGACCAGUCGGGACGCCAUCCCCGGGACCACCUAUUCACGCUCCUCCUGGCCUCAACCCCGUUCCUAUACCACAACCGUCUUCAUUUCUUUUACCGCCACUGAAUUUUGUGCCACUGGCCACCGGUUACUUCACGACCGCGACCCAGUAUGCCUCGUCCUUCCUUCCGGGAUCACACCCUCUUCGAUUGUCUGUGGCCCUCGAACAUAGCGCGUUCCUAUGGGAUUGCGUGCAUGACCACGACGCUUCGCGGCGCGUCGCGCGUCGCGCCAUAAAAGAUGUCUAUCGCGCACAAGAAGCAAUGGACGACGGUGAAUUCGAGGAUGCCGCAGAGCUUGUUGCAGUCUUAGGACGCAUGAUGAAACGCAAGAGCUUUGAGACCACGCCGCGCAUGGGUGGUGUGGCUAGUCCGGAGCCGGUUGCACAAGGUCGUUCCCAGGUUCGUGAUGAUCACGACGGAGAUGACAUAGAUCGUGGAGUUCCUGUGACCGCCCCACUACGAUUCCCUCAGAAUCCCAGAAAAGCCGCCGAUGGCCCCCCGAUAACCGUCUCUGCUCCACAAAGCCCGCCGAAAGAUCCCGCACGCAGUCGAGCCAAUAGUGCCUCAUCAAAGCACAAAUACGUUGGUGGCCACGAAAACAGCCCGAGCUCGAAACCGAAUCGAUCGUCCGGAGGUAGUCAUGAGACAACACCACGGGCAAAGCAUGCCAGUGUGGGAAGUGGCGGUAGCAUGACACCUAGGGCACCACAAGGCAAAGGCAGUCGUUCGCCUGCAACACCCUCAACUGUCCGCAAUAUUGGUCAACACCCUGGCACUGGUAGCUCACAUAAACCGAGUCCACGUUCCAGAAACUCGCCGCCUAUUCCGGAGAGCGCAGCUGUUACAGCUGCUUAUGAAAACAUGAGAAAUUCGCCUACCGAACGAAGAUCGCCUCCACUACGUCGAUCUCCGCGAUCGUCCCCAAACCUCGACGCCCGUAACAGGACACCAAGCUGACUCGUAGCGGCGGGCAAGGAGAAAGCCAGAAAGAUGGAUGUCCAGUGGCUCCCCAACGGAGAAGCGGACAUUCGAUUUCUGC